AUGAUGCGGGAAGGGCAGAUGACAACGCCGCGCAACGGUUGUGCCGCAUGUAAAGAUCGUGCCAUCCGUUGCGAUCGCGUCAGGCCGAACUGUACAAACUGCUCUCGAUCCAACCGGAAAUGCCAGUGGCAUGGUCUUAGGCUGUUCUGGCCGCGUGCCAACGAUCGCCGGCGUGCUGUCGUCUCCGAGUCGCCUAUGGUGUCUCCGUCACCCCCCACCGCGGGCCAAAUCUCCGAUGCACGGUUUGUCCACACAUCGCAUUGGGAUAUUGAGUUGUAUCACAGCUUGACAAGAUCUGUUCCGGUGCGCACCCUGUCUUUGCUACACGUACCAACGGUCUGGAACCCAUCUAAGCUAGAGGACUCUGACCAAGAACUGUUGGAGUACUCGGCCACGUCCCUGGGUACCUUUGGCCACGAUGCCACCGCCCUCGGCAAUAUCCUAGUUCGAAUUGCCCUGCAAGGGGAGACGGCCUCAGCUGCGGCAGUGCUCCAGGCGGUGCUGGCCUUUUCUUCGCUACAUCGCUACGGAUUACAGUCCCAAGCCAUCGAGCUUAAAAUUGCUGCGCUGAGAAGCUUGGCAGAAGGAUCUGUAGCGCCAACUCUGGAUGCGAAAGAGACCAUUCAGCAUACUGCCACGGGGAUGCUGCUUUGUUCGUUUGAGGUCCACCAGUCAUCUUGCACUUCAGGCCAAUGGACGGGAUACCUCAGCGGCGUCAAGACGGUCAUCAACGCGUCUUCUAUCAGAACACUACUCCAGCUUGGCUCUGAUAUGGCCGUCUUGCUAGACUGGGUGCACUACCACGAUGUUCUCGCUCACUUUUCACUAUUACAUUGGAAAAGAGAAGGGGCCCCGGAGCUCCAGUCGACUCCGACAGACCUCUUCUGGUCCGAGAUUUCCAGUCUGCCGCCGCCUGUUUUCUCCAUGUUAAAUCUGUUAUCCCAAGUAUGCGAUACAGUAUCUAGCAGCAAAAUCCCGCCAGAAACCAGCGAUAACGUGGGAGAUUACAAGGGCUUCCUAGAAGUAAUGGAUUGGAGAAUCAGGAGCCUACCGAUACCAAAAGCCACACAUGAUAAAGAUGGUGUUUCGGAUGAUGCGACGUUGGUAUUGCAACUGUAUCAGCUUGCUAUGCUCCUGUAUCUCAAUCGCAGUUUUGAAGGUUUGAUCGACCAACCAAUCAUCACGCAACAGCACAUCGACAAAGCCUUCGCAAUCUUACCCAGACUGAGUUCUUGUAGACAGCAAUUUCCCAUUCACGUCAUUGGCUGUGAGGCGCGAACGGAUGAGCAAAGGGCCGUCGUCCUCGACCUCAUCUCCAGGACGGAGAAGAUGAGCUCGUCCCGAUCUUUCAAUUAUUGUAAGAGGAUAUUGCAGGCUGUCUGGGCCCAGGAUGACCUCGCUGUCGAAGACGAAGACGGCGGGGGUGAUACUGAUGACGACUACUGGGUAUGUGGCAGGACAGAACGCGAGGCUCAGGGAGAGGCUCAGGGAAAAGCAGAACAAAAGUUCCCGGGCAAGAAAGUGAUGCUCAAGCGAGACGAAGACGUCUUAGAUACGUGGUUCAGCUCUGGACUUUGGCCGUUCAGUACCCUUGGAUGGCCAGACAAGACGUCGGAUUUUGAAAACUACUUUCCAAACACGACUUUGGAGACAGGUUGGGACAUUAUACCAUUCUGGGUGAGCCGUAUGGUCAUAUUCUCUUUGAAAUUGACUGGAAAGGUGCCCUUUACUGAGGUUUACUGCCAUGGCUUGAUUCGCGACAACGAGGGUCGGAAAAUGUCAAAGUCACUCGGCAAUGUUAUCGAUCCGAUCGACAUAAUUGACGGUAUUAGUCUCGACAGUCUGCAUGAAAAGCUGCGGCAAGGUACCUAG